CUUAUUAAUUUAAUUUUUCUACUGCUUUUUGGGGAGUUCAUAAAAUCAUCCUAGUUGAUUGUUCAGGAAAACUUGUAUUGAAUGCUCUCUCUCUUUUCAGACGCAGAACAUUGUACCAAGUGUCCAGAAGAACAGCAUCCAAACAAGGACAGAACUCAAUGUUUACCCAAGGAUAUAACUUAUCUGUCCUAUCAGGACACCUUGGGCAUCGUUCUGGCUUCCUUUUCCCUCUUCUUCUCCAUAAUAACAAGUUUCAUUCUAGGCAUCUUUGUCAAAUUCCUACACACCCCAGUAGUCAAAUCUAAUAACCGGGGCAUCUCUUAUGUCCUCCUGGUCUCCCUUCUGCUGUCCUUCUUGUCCUCCUUCCUGUUCAUCGGAGAGCCACAGGUUGUGACAUGUCUUCUCCGACAAACGGCCUUCAGCAUCAUCUUCUCAGUUGCUACCUCAAGUGUGCUGGCCAAAACCAUCACUGUGGUGCUGGUGUUCCUGGCCACCAAGCCAGGGAAAGUGUUCAGAAGGUGGCUGGGAAAGAGCUUGGCCAACUCCAUUGUCAUUUCCUGUUCCAGUGUCCAGCUGGCCAUCUGCUCCAGCUGGCUGGCCAUGACUCCACCUUUUCCUGACUCUGACAUGUUCUCCCAGCCUGGACGCAUCAUCCUUCAAUGCAAUGAAGGGUCUAUCGUCAUGUUCUACUCUGCCCUUGGCUACAUGGGCUUUCUGGCUGCCUUCUGCUUCACGGUGGCCUUCCUUGCCAGGAAGCUGCCUGGGGCCUUCAAUGAGGCCAAGCUGAUCACCUUCAGCAUGCUGGUCUUUUGCAGUGUCUGGGUGUCCUUCGUGCCCACCUACCUGAGCACCAGGGGGAAGUACAUGGUGGCUGUGCAGGUCUUUUCCAUCUUGGCCUCCAGUGCUGGUCUGCUGGGCUGCAUCUUCAUCCCCAAGUGCUACAUCAUUGUCCUUAGGCCUGAGCUCAACAGAAGGGAGCACCUCAUGAUGAAAACUAAGCAUGGCAUCUGA